AUGUCAUUUCUCUUCAAAUAUUCUGCAGUUCUGCAGAUCAUCAAGAAUAUUGAGAAGACAGCCCUGCUCUCUGAGUAUGUCAAUCUGCUUGCUGCUGAGAUGAAACCCGAGACAGCAGACCAGAAAAUGCAGGAUUUUGAGGCACAGGUUGACCUGGCUGAGAGAGAGCAGUGA